AAUCUACAAAUCACCUAAAUAUGUUUAUAAUGGCCAACCAAAUCAACCAUUACCAGUCAUUAAGGCCACAAUAGGAACAAACACCAACGAAUUAACCGGAAACUGUACCACCGCAAUUACCCUACAAAACCCGGCGCAGAUAAAAUCAUGAUCCAACUCGGAAAUAUUAAUGACUUUGGGCAUAUAAAAUCAGCGCGUUGCUAAUGGUAACAUCAUAGUACCACCAUGCAACUGACAAGUGCUCUCGUGAUUGUUUUGUUCGCCGUAUCAAGUAUGGCGCAACGAAAAGUCACUAUAACAAAAUUCGAAAACUGUGACGCCAACGCCGACUACCCUAUCAAAAUGUCGUUCAAAAUAAAAGAAGAGAACGGCGUACAAAUCCUGGAGGAGGGUAGUGUUUCCAGUAAAGUGGCUCUCGGGAAUAACAUUAAGGACACUGCUGAAGUGUUCGCGAUGGAAAGUGGUAAGUGGGAACAUCUGAUCACCAUUAAUGAAAAUCUGUGUGACGCUGUGAACAAAUACAUGGGCGAGUUUAUGCACGAUUUACAGGAAAAAGCAGGACUUGAACGUGGAGCUUGUCCAGUGCCUGCUGGUGACUACAAAGUUGAACAGCACACCCUCGACUUUGGUAAUUUCAAAUUCAAGAAAAUCCCGGAGGGUGAAUUUAGGGUGAAGGUGACUUUAGUUGAUAACACGUCUAACGAAACUCUUCACUGUCACUUCCUCGAGUUUAAAAUUGAAAAAUAAUUGUGUUAUAACCUGUGUAAUUAAAUAAAUAUACUUACGAUAUC